AUGGCAUUUCACGGCCAACCCGUCCCAGGCCAGGGACUAGAAGACUUGUACCAGGACAUACAAGCACAAUGGGCUGGGCUAGACGCAUCCCCUUACGUGGGCGCCAAUCGCCCCUAUUGCACAACGGCCUUCCCUGCCACUUCCAUCUUGACUCCAGUCAGCCUCCCAGACAGCGCUUUCGCCCCUACAAGACCCAGUCCAGUCCUGAGUCACCACUCGCAAGAAUACCAGCACAGCCUCAAUGAUCCGGCCCCCGCACAGCAUGGCCUAGGCAUAGCCGCACCCUUCCCAGGCAAUUACCCACGCAACAUCUCCUCAGCAAUAGGCUAUCCGUUAGACGAUGUGCAAUAUCGCCCAUCAGAUGCGGCUCUCUCUCCCCACCCACGCCCUGCAAAACGGGCCCGCCGAUCCCUCAAACAGCCACAACCCAUGCGGGAAACACCCGUAUCGAUCCUUCCGCAUCCAGAAGGAGUGCAACGCCUCGAACAGGAACGGCAGCGGGGGCAGGUUGAGGCUCGUGCACAUCAGCGGCCACGCGCGCCGGGCCGGGGGCGGAAGGAUCCACAGGCUGAAGAAGAGGAUGCGUAUGUGGAGGGACUGCGCGAGCGGAAUCUAGCGUGGAAGGUGAUUCGAGAGAUGUUCCGGGAGAGAUUUCAGAAGGAUGCGUCGGAGGCGAGGUUGCAGAUGAGGUUGUUGCGUCGUCGUAAAGAGCAUCUUGCUCGGUGGGACGAAAGUGAUGUGAAUACAGUUGCUUAUAAUAGCAAGAGAUCACUGGGAGCAUGA